AUGGCGAUGGAGGGUCCUUCACGUCGUCUCUCCCUAAUAGGGACAAGUAUAGGCAGUCCACGCAUUGCUCAACAGGCUGGCCUACCCAGGUCUGCAAUAUUCAAAGACGCAAAGGGGCCAAGCUCGGACAUGGUGUUCGAAACUCUUAAAGACAAAUGGGCUGAGGGAACUGCUGUCAAGGAGAAACGUCUUGGUGAAGAUACACCACUGAAAACAAUAUUGGAUGUCAUGAUUAAGGAGCUGAAAAAGAGCAAAAAUGCCAUUGAUGGCGUGAAGAGGUUCCUGGCAGACGAGAAAACGAAAAUAGACGACUGUGUAAAGUGGCGCCUGCUCCUUGAUGCCGUCGACCUCGACCUCGCUCAGAAGCCUGACAAGGACGAAGUAACUGCCCGAUUGCAACUUACCGAGGCGCUGAUCCAAGAGAGCCCGUAUCUUGCGUUUGAGAACCCAACAGAUCAAGAAGGCGCCUCGAUUCUCUAUAUCAACAAUUGUGCCGACGCACAUUGGCACAAGAAACUCAAGGACAAGAGAACACCUCUGCAUACAGCUGCCAGAAAGGGAAACGCCAAGUUUGUCAAGUCCAUGAUUACCGAAGGCCAGAGGUACUAUGACGUUAAAAACGGCGAGAGUACUAGAGGGGAAAAUCGAGUCAGCGGUAUCAAUCAACAGAAAUACUGGAAAUUCUCUGGCGAAUAUUGUCGGCUUGCGAAAAUCUUGCAGCAUGAAGACCUCGAUACUAAGGAUACGCCGUUAAAGUCGGCUACCAAAGCAGACUUCGGAGUGUGCGAAACAAUCAAGGAGCUUCUCGAAGUCACUGACAUUGCUGAAGACGACACAUUUCACCAUGCUCUCGAGAAUGACAACCAGGAAGUUGUCAAAGCCUUUCUCUCCAAAGUUGAAGUCGCAAGCACCAUUGUUUCCAAGGAAUCUAUCAUGACCACCCUGAGUCCCCCAAAGAAACGCACCACAGGCCAUCGAGAUGCAAACUCUCGCAGCCUGGCGAGGUUGGAAAAUGCGAAACUCCUCGUUGGGUCUAUUCAGGACCCGAAAGCACUCGAUCGCGAGGUAGCGGAGAAGAUCAUCAAGAGAAAGAGCGGCGCGAUGGAUAUCUGGAAAGCUCACAAGAAGGAAAUGUUGAACGGCGAGCUGGAACAAUUUCUGCUUCAUCUGGCAGUAAAACAUCAAAAGCUCGAUUUCGUGCGACUAUUCGCCAAUGACUAUCCUAAAUCCGUGGUGGAGAAGUGGUCCUAUUCCGAGCAUGGUGAUAAACGAUACCCCUUGUGGUACAACAAUCAUAACAACGAGGGAAAGAGGAUAGAGGAACCUUUCGAUGACAUUCGCAAGGAUAUCCGCAAGGAAAUAACUACAAAGAUGAUUCACGAGGUGCCCGAGAUGGACACACUGUCUGAUAUGUUCAAUAGUUGUCAAGUUGGUGAGCUUUGCUUUGAUCUAUCAAGGUUUGAUUCGGCAGGCUUUCAAGUUUCUGCAUUCAUCAAUUCUUGGAUCUCACAACAUCAGACUGGGAAGCUCCUCACCUUCGAGAAGACGCUACGAUACGCCGAAUUUCCACCCUUGGAUGUACUAAAAGAGGAGAGAGAGAUCUACAAGGACAGUUGCCAUCUCCAGUACCAACAUACUGAAGUGUUUAGGAUACUUGCUUGGCUAAGGAAGAAAAUGGGGGUGCAGACCAUUAUCAAACUGAAAGUACCAGACCGGCUGGUAAACCCGCAUGACGAGAAAACAAUGGCCAAAGCAGUGAAAGACUUCAAGGUAGAGAUAUUUGAUUGGAAAGUCCUUGACUUAUCCCUUAGCGUCUUUGAUCCAGAUGCAAAGGAGAGGAUCAAGGAGUUGCACCUUUACUCAAGCGGAAAGCGAUCAGCGAUCAGCCAUUGGUUUGGUCCAGAAGGCUUUAAAUCAAUGAAAAAGCUCGAGGUCCUCAAGAUCUAUAUUGUUCAAGUCGAGACUUGUACCUCCACUCAUCUAUGGGAAGUGAAAGACGAGAUUGACGACAAACUGAAAGAACUGGACACCCCGAAUGGUUUGCGCUUCAGUGACAGGGCAGAGCAAAUCUCCUGGUAUCCCAAGACACAACAAGCAAAUUUAAUCAAAAUCGCCCAACGGCUAGACCCAAAGCUCGGCCGAUGGCUUGAAAGCCUCAACAAAUAUUACCAGCAUAGCUUCAGCAAUGACGCCUUUAAGCCAACAAAGGUCGCCAUACUUGACGAUGGUGUGCUCAGUGUUUCUCCGACUGCUAGAAAGACAGCUGUAUCCCUCAAUGGUGAGAACCAGGAAGACAUUUCCUGGGAUUCUAACGACAACAGCAAAAGCAACACUCCUGUUGGCAGGAAGUCAGGUAGUGCAACAAUAAGAUCUGACGCGGAACUCGAAUACAAUAGCAGCCUGUCUAGCCGCAUCAAAGAAGGUCGCUCCUUUGUGGCAGGAGGGUCCAGCCACAGCCCGUGGCACCUCGCGUGCAACCCUCAUGGAACACAAAUGGCCAAUCUCAUCUGUGCCAUUGACCCGUUGUGCGAGAUAUAUGUGGCAAGGGUUGCUGAAGAUGCAGUCGGAAUUACCCCUGAUCGAGUUACCAAGGCGAUUGACUGGGCGAUCAGCAAGGGUGUGGACAUCAUAUCCAUGAGCUUUACGAUCGGAGACAAAGGAACGCUUGCAGACGCACUGAUCAAGGCCACUAAACAAGGUAUUGUAAUGACAUGCAGCUCACACGAUGAGGGGUCCAAGACCGAAAUGGCUUAUCCCGCAAGCCUAAAGGGUACCGACAAGUCGCUAAUAGUGCUCGCCGCCUGUGACGAGUACGGUAGAGCUCUCUGGGGUAUUGAAAAGGAUGACUAUCACUACCUCCUACCGGGUCAAAAUGUGGCAGCAGGUGUUAUACCGUUCCUCAAGUCAAACGACACCAUCAGUGGAAGCUCGGUAGCAACUGCAGUCACAGCUGGGAUAUGCUCCCUGACACUCACUUGCGAUCGCCUAGCUAAUCCUGGCCGCAGCUACAACAAGGGCAUGGAAGCUGGCAGUCGAUAUGCAAAAGUUAUUAAAGAGCUUGAUUCGAUGAAGUCAAAGGCUGGCAGCCAGCACAUUCUUUUGAAGAAGUUUGGCGAGAUUGAUACUUAUGGUUUGGGUGCAGGUGCAAACCCUGGGCCUCAGGAGAUUUUGAAUCGACACUUUAGAUGA